AUGGGAAGCACAAAUGGCGUUGGUGCAGGGGAUGAUGAGGCACGGAUGUCUAGUGGGGUGGCGCGGUCAGUUGAGGAAGAAGAUGGGGCUCUGAGGGGUAAUGGGGAAGGGAGGACCGAUAUGGGAGGAGGUUCGGAUGAUAUCGAGGCUGACGUGGCUGGUGUUGGGAAUGAGGUGGAGAGGAUGGAGAGUGACGUGGAGAGGUUGAUAAAUGAGGUGGCAGGAAGGGCGAGAGUGGAAGAGGAGAGGGAGAAAGACAUCAGUACCCUGAGAAGGGAGGUCGAGGGUCUGAAAUGUUGCUUUAGUGAUGUAAGGAAAUGUGUGGAAGAGCUGAGGGGUGAGAUGAGGGCAGUUGUGGAGCAGAGGGAGGUGGUGGUGCUUGGAAGGUUGGAUGAGUGGAAGCAUGAGGUGGAUGACCUGAAGCAUCAGAUGGGAAAUUUGAGGCAUCAGGUGGAAGAGGGGAGGCGUGAGGUGGAAGAGGGAAGGGUGGAAGAGGAAAGGGUGGAGGAGGCAGGGAGGAUGAGGGAGUUGAAGGUGGAGGUGGAUAGAGAGAAGGCAGAGGUUGCAUGGAGGUUGAGUGAGUUGCAGCAACGCCAGGAUGAGAGGAGGACGGAGGCAAGCACCUGUGCAGCCAGUGCAAUGGAUGAUAAGGAGAGGGUGAUUGGAUUGAACGCUCGACUGGAGAGCUUUCUGAGAUGUUGGGCUGUGACUGUGAUAAACUUGCUGUAUUCCUCCAAGUGGUACAUCAGUUCGCCUCGUGAGCAGAAGCUUCCUAUGGCCAAGCACAUCUGUGUGGCUUCCCUUCAUGCACUUGACAUUACUGCUAGUAAUGGCUGGAAUUGUGGAGUGUGGCUGUAG